UUCUGUUAGUUUCGUAGCCCAGAUGCAAGGUAGCUCCUCCUCCACCGACUUCCUUGUUCGUCCCCCUUUCCACUGUCAGUUUCACCUCGUUCAUUAUCGGAAAAAGAGGAAUUUUCAAGAUGCAUCCUUUAUGGAGGAGAGUGAUCCAGUAAACGGUCAUAUCAUUUCUACUACAAUAGGAGGCAAGAAUGGUGAACCCAAACAGACGACCAUAAGCUACGUGGCUGAGCGUGUUGUUGGAACUGGUUCAUUUGGAAUUGUAUUCCAGGCAAAAUGUUUGGAAGCAGGGGAGACUGUUGCCAUAAAGAAGGUUUUGCAGGAUCGGAAGUACAAAAACCGUGAGCUACAGCUGAUGCGCUCGAUGGAUCAUCCAAAUGUGAUCUCCCUGAGGCAUUUUUUUUACUCCACCACUAGGAGAGAUGAGCUUUUUCUUAACCUGGUUAUGGAGUAUGUGCCAGAAACUCUAUAUGGUGUUCUAAGGCAUUACAGAAGUGUGAAUCAGCGGAUGCCACUGAUCUAUGUGAAGCUUUAUACCUAUCAGCUAUUCAGGGGACUAGCUUAUAUUCAUACAGUUCCUGGUGUUUGCCAUAGAGAUGUUAAGCCACAAAAUGUUUUGGUAGAUCCUCUCACUCACCAAGUCAAGCUAUGUGAUUUUGGAAGCGCAAAAGUAUUGGUAUGCUUCUAUUGUUUGUGUAUUUGUGUGCAUAUAACAAAAAAAAAAUGUCAUGCUACAAAGGAAUUAGUACUUUGGCAUCAUGAAAUGUUUGCCAUUUUGAGGAAAUGAAAAUAUAUAAAUGCAAGGUUAAUUAUUCUAGAAGCACAUUGGAGAAAGAAUUUUGUUUCUUCGUUAUCAUUUAUCUCGCUAUACGGGGUCUCGGAGAAAGAUUCAUUGUACACAGCCUUACCCUGCUUUUUACAAGAGGCUAUUUCCAAAAUUCGAACUCGUGACCUUUUGGUCACAAAGUAACAAUUUUAUCGUUGCGCCAAGGCUCCCCUUCUUGUUGGUCUAGCUUGUUGAGAUAAUAAAAGUAUGCUUUCUUUUGUAUCCAAUUGUUCAUAUUAUAGUAAUAAAAGGAUGUUGGAAAGUAAUACUCUCUCCUGUUUCCCUUUAAGUCCUCGGUACUCCGACUCGUGAGGAGAUUCGGUGCAUGAAUCCUAACUAUACAGAGUUCAAGUUUCCACAGAUUAAAGCCCAUCCAUGGCACAAGAUAUUCCAUAAAAGAAUGCCUCCAGAAGCGAUAGACCUUACUUCACGCCUUCUCCAAUAUUCUCCAAGCUUUCGGUGCAGUGCUGUAAGUUUUGCUCCAUCUCAAAAGAAGUUGAUUGAGAGUGCUUUGGUAGAAUAGAAAGUUGUAAGAUGUAGUUGAAUUGUCUAGGCUUUGUAAAAUGUAGUUGAAUUGUCUAGGCUUUGUAAAAUGUAGUUGAAUUCUAUAUUCAUUUGGAAGCAUGUGCUCAUCCCUUCUUUGAUGAGCUCCGAGAUGCAAAUACAAGGUUGCCAAAUGGUCGUCCACUGCCUUCUCUUUUCAACUUCAAGCAAGAACUGGCUGGUGCAUCGCUGGAGAUCAUCGACAAGCUGAUUCCAGACCAUGUGAAGGGGCAACCCUAAACACAUCAAGCAUUGCCCUUGCAUUUGACAAAAGAGAGCAACAAACUGCAGUUUUAUUGUCAACGAGAAAGACU